CAGAAGCACGCAUAGCUACACAGGCAUACAUACACGCACACACAUAGGGGAAAAUAUGCUCUUUACCAGGGAUGUCGGCGAUUGUAAGAAGACUGGACACGUCUGUCUGCCUCUGGGUACUAACGACAGAGCCGCUGCUGUCUGAUUUUAGCUGGAUUGGGUAAAGGGACGAGCGCCAGUUCCGUCAUCGAUCCGCCUCGGCAUUGAUGUUGUCUUCGCCACAAGACCCGAGAAGAAAAACGACAGCCCCUCAACCUGGCUGCCCGACCUAUAUAAAAAGAGUCAGGGACGGGAAAUUGUUAAUUAGCAUAAUAGCCAAACAAUCAGAAUUUCUAACAACCAUUUAAUUAAUUAAUUAAAUAAUUAAUGUGCCAAAUAUUUAUUAAUUAAUAAAGCGGGGGUAUCUCCGUUUCCAACGACUUGGAGCAAGGGGCACACCGGGACAUAACCGUCGCUCCCUGCGGUUCGCUGUCCUUCGACCUUGCCAGGAUUUUAUGGGGUUUUUUUUACAGAGCGCUUUGGUGUAAAUAUUAAUUGUUGCACCGUUGAAUCUGAAAAGGCCACCUUCUGUUGCAUGGUUGCGCCGUAUCCGCUGGCCGCAGCACUGAACCCAACACAACACUACUUGGUUCGCUGGGUCCAAUCGCCGCAUCGCCGGGCGGGGAAGAGCCGCAGGAUCCGUUGACUCGACGCGGGGAGAGAGGAGGAGAAGGAACCGCGAGUUUGGAAGUUUUGAUGCAUAUGAUCACAACGACCAUGAUCUUUAUGAUUAUUGGGGCUUCUGUUGUUAUGGUAAGAGGAUUUUUCUACACUCAUACCGCUCACCGUUUUAGAGCAUCUUUCAGUGAAGCAAUUAGUGUAGGCUAAUUUUCUUAACCUAGCCUAUACUAAAAUAAGAAAAUGAGUAAGUGGACAUUUUUGGCACAGAAAAAAACUACAAGAGGAUAACGAUUUCAAGAAUACGUACCGACUUGUAGAAGUGUUCAUACAAACAAUUCUAUUUAUCAUGCAUAAAAAACGAAGGACAUUUCUCCCGGAACCACUUUUUUCGUUUUUAUUCUUUGGUGGAUUAUAAUAUUUAUUUCAAUAUGAUGUGUCUCCAGUAAACCGCUUUGCCAGGUCGUGUAGCGGUUCCUGUUGUCGGAACACUCUGCCUGUUUGUCCCAGUUGACUCGAAUGGUUCUUUGCAGGCGAUAGCGUGUUUAAUGGACAUGAACGCGCUACUGGAUCGCUUUCACAACUAUAUCUUACCGCAUUUACGAGGGGAGGACCGCGUCUGUCAUUGCAACUGUGGAAGGCACCAUGUCCACUAUGUGAUCCCGUAUGACGGGGACCAGUCUCUGAUGGACUCCUCGGAGAACUACUUUGUGAGUGACAGCGUGACCAAGCAGGAGAUGGAUCUGAUGCUCGGCCUGAUGCUGGGCUUCUGUAUCAGCUGGCUCCUCCUGUGGCUGGAGGGGGUACUGCAGUGCGCCCUGAGGACCUGGAAGGCCAGCCCCCGCCAGUAUGACGGCCCCUCUUGGUCAUGGCUUCCCCGGUUCUGCAACCUGCGGGAUCUGCGCAGGCGUCUGCAGCUGCGACAGCUGCAGGACACGGGCGGGAACAUGGUGCACAUCAAGCAGAAGCUCUACCAUAACGGGCACCCCAGCCCGCGCCACCUCUGACUCCCACCCCAACACCUCUGACUCUUACCCCAACACCUCUGACUCUCACCCCAACACCUCUGACUCUUACCCCAGCCCGCGCCAUCUCUGACUCUCACUCCAACCCCCAACACCUCUGACUCUUAACCCGACACCUCUGACUCUCACCCCACCCCCCACCACCUCUGACUCCCACCCAGCCCCCAACACCUCUGACUCUCACCCCAACCUCCACCACCUCUGACUCUCACCCCAAAACCCAGGCCUGCUCCACCUCCUGCUGCUCCCUCCGAAAAGCCUCAGCAACAACCGCCCCGCCCUUACCCCACCCCAGCCCCCACCCCCCUCUACGUUUGGCUACAGUCACCACCAAAACACAGCUCAUGACCUGUCCAAUCCAUCCCCAGCAAGAGAAAAAUAUUUUUUUAAUAACUAAAGGCCCGCCAAAAGCACCCACUGUACUUGGAGAAGAUCUACUUAAGAGGGUGUUGUCUGGACAGAGAAAUUGUUUUUGAAAUGUUGUCAUACUCAUAAUGGAUGGGUGUCUCAGUGCUGGCAGGAUGGGGGUUUGGGUGCUAUUGAGGCGUAAGUGGGGAGGAUUAUUUUAUGUGCGUAAUGUGUUCAGGGCGGGUGGGUUUCAGGGUUUUGCGAUUCAGCAGUUGCAGACUGCCACUUAUGUAAAUAGUUAUAAAUACAGGUUCAUGGGAAGUAACAGUAGGGAGACAUUGGAGAAACUGGAGAAAGGGGCUUACUGAGGAGGCAAAGAUCAGAACAGACAGAAAAUAUUCAAACAUUUUCAUUUUAAUGAAACGAAAUGGAUCCGAGAAGUGAAAAUAGACGUGAUUGCAGUACAGAUUAAUUAGCUUUGUUUCUUAGUGACUUUGAUGAUGAAUGUAGUAAUUUUAUCUGUAAAUACUUGAGGGGGGAGGGGGUUAGAAGCACGAUGGCACUGAAGGUCCUCUGUGCUAUUCUGAGGGUCCGUAGAGGAAACGGUCACAGUGCAGAGGACGGAGGUGGAAGGACAUUUGGCCUGUCUUGCCUCCAGUGUCCAGGACCUGAAAUAACCUGCUCAGCAGGUGCACACAAGCCUGCCAGAAGAGAGGAAUUUGACCCCCCUUCCCCCUCCUCAUCCAGACAUUGCUGUUGUGAAGAUGAAAUGUCUGUUUUAAAUAAAAGUGCUACUGAAGCACCACAGUGA